CUGUAAGUCGUUAGACUCGAAACAUGUGUAUGGCAAAAGCAAUGUGCUUUUGAUAUCAUUUUUAAAUCUUCGAAAAAUGAAUUAAAAGUCGUGUAAAUUGUAAUAUACGUUCAAAAUGAAUGUCCGGAAACGAAAACUAGACCAAUCGUCUCAAAAAGAGACGCAACCGGAGCCAGAAAAUGAACCGCAGGAGAAUUUACUCGGUUCAGUCGAUAACGAAAAUGAUUCAUCAGACGAAGAGCUAGAAUGGGAAAGUGAAUCUGAUGGCGAAGUAGUCCCGAAACCUAAACCCCUCAAAUCGAAGAAGAAAUCUAAAUCAACCGCAUCAAAGGGCGAAAAAAGUGACCAAGAUGCCGAACCUACGGUCAAUCCGAAUUAUAAAGAAUAUGAAGACGAGUUCGAUACUUCAGAUGAGGAAGAUAUACGAAACACAGUUGGAAACAUACCGAUGAAUUGGUACGAUUCGUAUCCUCAUCUUGGAUAUGAUUGGGAUGGAAAACAGAUCACGAAACAGAAUCACGAAGAUCAAUUGGAUUACUUCUUGAAACGAAUGGAAGAUCCUAAUUUCUGGAAAACGGUCAGAGAUAAGCAAACCGGUCAAGAUGUGGUGCUGAGUGAUAAAGACGUAGAACUAAUUCAUCGUUUAGAAUCUAGUAAAAUUCCCGAUGCCGCCUUUAACGAAUAUGCUCCUUGGGUGGACUGGUUCACCAAUGAAGUAAUGCAAACACCUCUUCGUAAAUUCCCCGAACACAAACGUUCGUUCGUACCCAGCAAAAUAGAAGCUAAAAAAGUUUGUAAAAUGGUCCACGCUUUAAAAAUGGGCUACAUUAAGACGCGUAAACAGAAACAAGAAGAACGUCGUAAAAAACGAGAAAAACAAUUCUACCUGUUGUGGAAGACUGACGAUACUGCUGAAGAUAUGAGACGUAUUCACGAUCAUAUUCCAGCACCGAAACGUCUGCUGCCGGGACACGCCGAAUCGUAUAAUCCUCCGCCGGAGUACUUAUUUAAUAAAAAAGAACAAAGGGAUUGGAAUAAGCAAGCUGAGACGCCGUGGAAACGCAAAUUACAUUUUGUACCUCAGAAAUACGAUUCUUUAUUGGAUGUGCCAGCUUAUCCGGAUUACUUGAAGGAACGAUUUACUCGUUGUUUAGAUUUAUACUUGUGUCCUAGAACACGUAAAAUGAGGUUGACUAUUGAACCAGAAGAUCUAUUGCCCAAGUUACCAAGUCCUAAAGAUUUACAACCAUUCCCUUCGGUUAUGUCUUUGGUAUAUAAAGGUCAUACAGAUAUGGUUCGUUGCAUUUCUGUUGAUCCAUUUGGACAGUAUCUUGUUUCUGGAUCAGAUGAUAUGACUAUUAAAAUUUGGGAAAUCAAUACUACUCGUUGUAUGCGUACCAUCAACGUUGGAGGAGUUGUAAGAUCGAUCGACUGGAACCCCAAUAAAACAGUAUCAUUAAUCGCAGUUGCAGCUGAUCGCAAACUUCUCUUAAUUAAUCCCGGUGUCGGCGAUACUCUCAUAGUGAAGAAAACCGAUUCAAUUUUGGCAGAUCCGCCUGAACAGCAAGCUACAAUUUCAGAGAAAGUUAAAGCUGUCGUGCAAUGGGAACGUCCUUCGUCUGAAGAAUGGGAUAAUGGGAUCAGAAUUAUCGUUAAUCAUCUCAAAGAAGUCAAACAAGUUACUUGGCAUGGUCGAGGUGAUUACGUGGCAACUGUUAUGUCCGAGGCUGGAAAUCGUUCGGUAAUCAUUCACCAAAUAUCAACUCAACGUUCGCAGAUACCGUUUGCCAAGCCUAAAGGUCUUGUACAAUGUGUACUCUUCCAUCCUGUUCGACCAUUUAUAUUUGUAGCGACGCAGAAAAAUAUCAGAGUUUAUGAUCUAGUAAAACAAGAAUUAUUUAAAAAAUUAUUAACCAUGGCUCAAUGGAUUUCUUCGAUGGCAAUUCAUUCAGGUGGUGAUAAUCUUUUAGUUGGUACAUACGAUCGAAAAAUGUUAUGGUUUGAUUUGGAUCUAUCAACGAAACCGUAUAAGACGUUACGUCUUCAUAGAAAUGCGGUCAGAGCUGUUGCCUAUCAUAAACGAUAUCCUCUAUUCGCUUCUUGCUCUGAUGACAGAUCGAUGAUCGUUUCCCAUGGAAUGGUUUACAAUGAUUUGUUGCAGAAUCCGUUGAUAGUGCCACUGAAACUGCACAGAGAUCACGAACAGUGUAAUGAUUUUGCAGUAUUAGGUGUUGUUUUUCAUCCGACUCAACCUUGGGUGUUUAGUUGCGGAGCUGAUGCUACGAUUAGACUUUAUACGUGAUUUUAUGCAAAUAUAUGUCAACUUUUUUAUGUAUCA